AUGGUCCCCUUCAUCGAUGGGAAUGCAAACGGUUCCCUGCACAGUGGUGACAUCCCACCGAUAGCGUCGGAGCAGCCUCCCACCAUGGCCUGGAUGCCGCAGUCCGACGCGACCGACCUUCCACAUCGCCCUCCAUUGACUUCGCAGCAAUCGAAUUCCCUUCCCUCCACCCCAUACCAACAUGCGCGCAAUCUCUCCUUCCACUCUCGAUCGCCCUCACCCGCUCGCGGGAGCACUUCUCCUCGAUCGACCCAUUCCGAAUCAAUACAUUUGCCCCCUUCCGCUCGAAAACCGCUUGGAGGUUGUAAAUAUGAAACCGCCAUGGCUUAUUUCCGAAGACGAAUACCCUAUAGUCUUGGUGCGGAUCCCUUACCGGAGGAGAAGGAAGGCUUGAAGGAAAAGCUGGGCCUGGAGGAAGAAAAGAAAAUGACGGCGGACAUCAUGGACUUAUAUGAUCGUUUGUUACCAUCUGCGGAGAGCGAUGAUCGACGGCAUCAGCUCGUUCGCAAAUUGGAGAAGCUGUUCAAUGAUCAGUGGCCCGGUCAUGAAAUCAAGGCCAACGUCUUUGGCUCGUCGGGGAACAAACUCUGCUCCAGUGAUUCGGAUGUGGAUAUUUGUAUUACGACAAACUUCAAGGAUCUGGAGCAUGUGUGUCUUCUGGCGAAGGUUUUGGCAGAACACGGGAUGGAACGAGUUGUCUGCGUUUCACAUGCAAAGGUUCCUAUCGUGAAGAUCUGGGAUCCCGAGUUGAAACUGGCUUGCGACAUGAACGUGAAUAAUACUCUAGCGUUGGAAAACACUCGGAUGAUUCGCACCUAUGUCGAUGUCGAUGAACGGGUACGACCGUUGGCAAUACGAGAAAUCCCCCCCAUUCUUCCUAGCCUCCAGGCUCGGCCGCACGAGAAAAAGGCAACCCCCGAGGGUUUGGUAUAUUCGUUUGACGAUAAUCUCAAGUCAUUAUUGGAUUUUGGUCAGAAGAACAAGCAAUCUGUCGGUGAACUUUUCUUUGAGUUCUUUCGAUACUACGGCCACGAACUCAACUACGAGGAGACCGUCAUCUCUGUGCGCGAGGGCAAAUUGGUAUCUAAAGAAGGCAAGGGCUGGCACCUGAUGGUGAAUAAUCGACUUUGUGUAGAGGAACCAUUCAACACAUCGAGAAAUCUGGGAAAUACUGCCGACGACACUUCGUUCCGAGGAUUGCAUAUGGAAUUGCGACGAGCAUUCAAGUGUGCUUCUGUAGGAGACCUGGCUGAUUGCUGUGCGCAAUUCGAGUACCCACUCGAGGAGGAACGGACUUGGGAGCGACCACCCCCACAACCACGUCCUAUCAUCACACCUUCAUUACCCAAUCGCGGAGGCCGGGGUGGUGGUCGUGGUGGGCGGUAUAACAAUCAAACCCCCCCGAGUGCCACGAACGCAUCCGAAUUGUCCCUGCAAGCGCAGCAGCAGGCACAGUAUAUGCUUCAUGAUCAGCUCUACCAGCAGAUUCAACUUCUCCAAGCUCAAGAACAAGAGUUGAGGAUGCAGUUGCAAAACCAAGCCCUCAUCACCGGUCGUCCUCCGCCAUACUUUCUUCGCCAGCCUUUCCUCCAAUUCCCAAUGCCCCAACAACAGGAGUACUCGAACGAGGAGAACUCUCGCUCAAGGUCAGGCACUGUAAACCAGCCGCCACUCACCCCGUCCCAGCGGCAAACACCCCUUCUGAACCCUACCUAUGCCUCUGUCAGCGCCUCUGGCACGCAAGCUAGCGCGACAAACCCUCCUUCUCCAUCUGCCACCAACACACUUCCCGACCUCCGUCGAAAUUCUCGGCAGUCAUCCGUUGUAAAUGGUUCACCCAAAGCAUCGCUAAGGGCCCAGUCACAGCCCGCACGACCCCAAAAUUCACCCUCGUUUCCGACUUUCACGCCCCUGUAUACUAUUCCACAGCCUCUUGACACGUCUUACGCCUCUAAGCAACACCCAAUUCCCGAAUCCUUGGAAGGUGGAGAUGGUAGCGGAGACGAGGUCAAUAUGCCGUCAAACAGCCUCCCCAGCAAUGGCUCUCGCUCCGAUUCCGUCGACGAGAACCGCUCACAGGACCUGCUAGGUUAUUACAUUACCCCUCAGCAGCUGCAAUUAUACCAGCAGAACAAUAUGUUACCCACAUUGGCUUCUCACGUGGGAAUGCUGCAGAAUGGUUAUUCGUCUUUCCUCCCUGUGCAACAAGAAUACCGAUCCUCCGGGGGAGUCUUUUCGUCCGAAGGCUCGAGUUCACGGUCCGAUCAGACCCCGACGCCUGCCCCAAAGGCUUCAACGUCACAACCGCCGCAGCGCUCAGCAUCCACGCGCCCCGCUGACCGUGGAGGACCACUCAUCGUGGAUGGCUCGGUUCGACCCAAUGAACCUCGUCCGGCGUAUGGAUCCGACUUCAUUGAUUCGUACACUGUGGGUACCGCUUAUACUUCGACUUCCGAGGACCACAACAUCAACACCCCUGCCAGCUAUUCCGAUUCCUUAUCUCAGGAUUUCCAAGAGCCCGUCCCCUUUGAAAUGGAACAAACGCCUGUGUUCACGCAGUCACCAUUCGAAGCACAAAAACAGAGCAAUGGAAUUACGGAAACUCAGCAGGAAAAGGCAAAUGGCCAACCUGAGCUGCUCGCCAGUCGACUGCAGAAUUACCAUUUAUCAAACGCUGAGAAGCUCGCUCAGUCCCAUUCGGCGAACAAGACGAAUAAAAACGGCUCUUCGCACCAUGGCACUGGCAAGGACACAAGCCCGACGAAGAGUCACAAUUCUGGGGGUGAUAAAUUUACCUCUUCUGCAGGUGUCAACGAAGGUCGACAAACGCACCCAACCUCGAAGCGCCGGACGAAUGGGGUGGAUGCCUCGGAGAAGACAAAUGGGAUGAGCCACAGCCACAAAUCCAAAUCCAAGGGCCGACAGGAUACUUCCACCACAAGCGGAGACGCAAAGGAGAACCCAUCCAAAAAGUCCGGCGUGGCGACAAACGGGGCUACCGACCAUGGCCAUGGUGGCUGGCAAACCACCAAGAAAAAGCACCGUCGCAACGCGAAGUCAUCUGCUGAACCACGCAAUGGAAUUAACGGUGGCCCCGAACCUCUUCCCGCAGAUGAGUCGAUGCGCAAAGGCGGGUGA